AUGGCCAGAAAGCGCCCAGACAGAGAAAGCAGACGUCGAGUGGAGGAGACAUCGGGUAUGAGGAAUGCCAACGGAAAAACGCCUGAAAGGUCAAGGUCGUCCUCAACAUCGAAUGGUGGCGGUUCAAACGUAUCAAGAACGCCUCCUUCGGCUUCAAGUUCAUCAGCAUCUCCUAGUGGCUCCUCAGCUACAACCACCCCGCAACCCUUACAAUCGACAGCUGAAUCGAUAAACUCACAAUCGAGCGCUAGUACACCGAUAGUUCCAACAAGGCCCACAAACGAGGGUGGCCGAAUCAAUCGUGUUCUCGCGCCAUUGCUGGACGUGAACGCCGAUGAAAAUGUACAAGGAGGUCAAGUACCGGUGGAAAUUCUUGACCACCUUAAAUCAUUUAUACAGAAACAGGAAGAGUUCAACCAGCGCCUCGAACAGAGGAUCGAAGCGAACAUCAACCAAAGCCAAAAAGGGCGGGAAAAAAGUCGAGACGCUUGCCCAAGGCUCUUACA